UGUCUUUUCAUUUAGCCAGUUAUCUGUUUAUUGUUUUAACGAAACUGGUUUGCUCAAUUGGUUUAUUGCUUUACGCUAUUGGAAUUCAGUCACCUUGUGCCCUGGAGGCAGUUUCUCUUUGUAAAAGUUGAAAAGGGAUUGAGCAAGAACAAGGGGAGUGUAAAGCCUCAUCUGUGAGGCCUAAAAGUGUGUGUGUGUGUUUGGUCGGGGUUGGAGAAUCAUGCACGUGUAUACUGAUGAAGUGCAAUCCAAGCCAGUCAGACUGAUAGUAGCGACAUGUAAAAACAUGGGCAUCGGAAAGAAUGGCCAGUUACCAUGGAACCUCCCAAAAGAGUUUGCCUUUUUUCUCAACAUGAUAUCAUCUGUUUCUUCACCAGACCAUAAGAACUUGCUGAUUUGGGGCCGGAAGUGCUGGGAAACAUUUCCUGAGAACCUGCUACCGCUUGCAAACUGUGUGAAUGCUGUCCUAAGCCGCAAUCUGAGUUCUGUGCCACGUCAUGCUCAGUACCUCUGCAGAAAUCUGCCAAAUGCCAUAAGGCUGGGAUCAACACUGCCGCUCAGUGAGGACAUUGAAAUCAUUUGGAUCAUAGGUGGAGUAAAACCAUACAAGGAGGCCCUGAUGCAUCCUUGGUGUGACUUACUCUACAUCACAAAAAUUAUGGCAAGCUUUGACUGUGAUACCUUCUUCCCUUCUUUUGACCAUGAAGUGUUUAGGAAGGUGGACAAGUUUUCUGGAGUUCCCUCUGAAAUUCAAGAAGAAAAUGGCAUCAAAUUCAAACAUCAAGUUUUCCAGAGGAAACAAAAAUAAUUGUCAAGAAUCUGCUUUCUUACUGGCCCAUCUCAGUAUUAUGACCAAUUAGGGUUUAUUACAGUAAAAUUUGCUAUUAAAUAUGCUUUUUAUACAAGGUCUGUUCGGAAAUAAUCCAGCCAUUGUUAAUAUAACAAGAACGGUUUGCGCGACAUCGAUGUAACCUGGCAAUCAAGGAGAGUGGACUGGAAUGCGCCUCCGUGAGCAAUGAUAACUUCACUGGACUAGUCAGUGGUGGCGCUAGACACUGUUGAGUGAGCAUGUAUGCUGUGUGGACGUUGUAUUCAAAAUGACAGAGCAAGUAGAGCAACAAAUCUGCAUCAAAUUUUGCAUUAAGCUUGAACACUCGUUCACGGAAACUAUUCGGAUGAUUCAGAAGGCUUUUGGGGAAAAUGCAAUGAGUGACAAAACAUC